AUGACGGAGCAGCCGGCAGUAGUAGCGGCGGCGCAGCAGGACCGGCCUCUGCGCCCGCUGUUACCGGCGGUCAAGAAGCGCGAGGCUCUGGGGCCGAUGAAGCCGACCCGGAUGGCGAAGCCGCCUCACACGGCCGCGGCCUGCGACAACUGUCGAAAACACAAGACCAAGUGCUCCGGUGACAGACCGAGGUGUCGACGAUGCGCCCAGCGGCAGAUGGCGUGCCACUACACGGCGCGCCCGGGCGAGACGGAGGCCCAGGCCCUCCGCCGCGGGUACCGGGCGCUGCGCGCGCGCGCGACCGAGCACGAGGACGUCGUCGCCCUGCUGCGGCGGCUCCCCGACCAGGACGCCCAGGGCGUGCUCGCCCGCCUCCGCGCCGGCACGCCCCUAACCGCCAUCAUCAACCACGUCACGGCCGGCGACGCGCUGCUGCAAAUGGCCGUGACGCCCGAGACGCGCUUCCGCUACGUGUUUCCAUACCGCGCCGAGAUGCCCGCCAGCUGUGUGGGUGCUGGUGGCAAUCCGUACCUCGGGUCGUUCAUCUACGAUGCGCCGCCAUUGUCGCCGAGCGUGUCGGUCGGCUCGUCCGCCGCCUCGGGGGAGGAGGAAAGCAACGGACGACGCGCUCUGGUGCGUGAGAGGCAGACGACGCGCUCGCCGGGUGAGAGUCCCGGCGCCGAGCACGACGAGGAUGCCGUGUACAAGGCGCCGUUUCACGCGGCGCACCUCGUGGAACCGCGCCUCGUGGCCGCGUCCAUGGCGGCGUGGACGUGCGUGUGCGACGACGAGGUGCUCAUGCGCGAGCUGCUCGCCAUCUUCUUCCGCUGCGAGUACCAGUUCACGUCGGCCUUUCACAAGGACUACUUUCUCGAGGACCUCGCAGCAGGCCGGUCCGAGUUUUGCUCGUCGCUGCUGGUCAAUCUCGUGCUUGCGUAUGCGUCGGUGUGCAACCCCAAGCUGCCGAAACGCGCCGAGUAUUGGAAUCCCGAGACGCUGGCGUACCGCUUCCUCGCCGAGGCCCGGCGGCUGUGGGACCUCGGCGCGCGCCAGCCGCACAUUACCACGGUGCAGGCGGGUAUGCUUUUCAGCGUCUUUUACAACCUCUCCGGGCUGGACGAGGUCGGACAGGCGUACCGCAUCCACGCCGUGGCGCUGGCCAACGAGCUGGGCCUCUGGAACGAGCCCAAUGCGGACGAGCCUCCACGGACGCAGCGCGGCAAGGCCUUUACCGCCUGGACGCUGUACAACUGGGAAACCCUCAUAGCCUUUUCGUUUCUCCACGCACCGCUUGUCAAGGAGGUACCCAAGUGCCCGCUGCCUGACGCGGUGCAAGACCCAGACUGGUAUGGCCAGCUAUGGGUCAAGUACCCCGCGAGCUCGACGCUCGUCUCAAUGCACUUUGGGCAGAUGUUUGAGAAGAAGACGCAGUUUCGCAUCAUUAUGAAUGAGUUUUGCCAAGAGGCAUACGGCACCACGUUGGGCGUGAAUAGUUUCAAGGCAGAAGGGCUACGGCGGAAGCUGGAGCAUUGGUUCGAGCAUCUGCCCGAAUCGCUGAAACCCAAGAAUAUCGUGCUCCCGGCGCAACUACAGCUGCACAUGUACUACUACCACCUGCUGUUGAGCAUAUACGAACCCCUGCUGGAUGCAGUUGCGCCGUACCAGCACACGCCGGCCGACAUGGUGGCAUCGUCGCGCAGGUACAUGCACACGCUGAUACGCAUCUACUUUUUGCGGCACGGGUACGAGGCCAUGGACCUGUUCAUCGUGGUGCCACUCAUGGUUGUCGCGGACGACUGCCUAGAGCUCAUUGCCCGGUCUGAGGAGAAGGACAGCAGCUCGGUUGCGCUCGAGGAGCUGCGGGCGACGGUGAUGCUCAUCGCCAAGGGCCUGCACGACCAGCGGCACAAUCACUACUUGGCCGAGGCGCUGUGGCGGGUGCUGCGCGGCAAGAUGCGGCGCGCGGAGCUGGCGCUGCUGCGGGGGGCGCUGCACCAGGGGGGCGGCGGCGACCAGGAGCAGGAGCCGCAGGAGCUGGCGCAGACAGUGCGCAGCCACUGGCCGGUGAGCGUGGUCAAGAAGAAGGAGGACCUCGAGUCCAAGGUGCUGGGGAGGCUGGUGGCGAGCUAUGCCCAUCUGAAUGUGGGUGGCGAUGAUAGCGAUGAUGGCGGGGCGGAACAAGACGAGGCGAUGAGGUCGGAGCCGGAAGCUGAAAAGGAAGCCGUGCAGCCUGUUGGGUCUACACCACCAUUUUCAGAGGCAGUAGAAGGGCCCCAACCUAACAUUUUAGAGGGGGUUAUCAAUUCAAUCGAAUCCUUUACAGCAGACGCAAAGCCGCAAGUGAUUGCCGAUAGCGCCGGCAUUAUUUGUCGCGGUCGUUGUUCGUUUGGCAGCAAAUACAGGGCCGCCAAUGGCCCACGCACGAAAAGAGUCGGAAAAAAUGAUUCGCCGUUUGGUGCUGUUGGGGCCGGUAGCACCCGAGCCACGACUCGCUGA